AUGUUCAUAAGCAUGGAGUCGUCGCCUUUGACAGACAAGUUUGAUAUGUGGUUCGGCAAAUUGCUUGAUGGUCUACGGGCAUUCCCCUUUGAUAUUCCAGGGACAACAUCUCACACUGCACGAAAGUGUCGCCAGAAGCUAGAUGCCGUCUUCCGGGAGGAGCUGCAAGCAAGGAAGAUGUACAAGGAGUGUGAUGAUCUUAUGAGCGGAUUGAUGCAGAUGAAGGAUGAGCACGGGAAGAAAUUGAGUGACGAGGAGGUGGUACAUAACAUCAUCUCCCUCGUCAUCGCUGGCUACGAGUCCACUACCAUCGCCAUCAUGUGGGCUGUCUACCACCUCGCAAAAUCCCUGGUUGUCCUUGCUAAGCUUCGGGAGGAGAAUGUAGCGAUGAGCAAAAGCAAAGGUGGGUCUACGUCAACGGGUUUGAUGAUUACCCACGAUGACAUCCCAAAGAUGAAGUACACCGCGAAGGUGGUGGAGGAGACAAUUCGGAUGGCCAACAUCGCCCCCAUGGUCCACCGUGUGGCGAACAAGGAUGUGGAGUACCGCGGCUACACCAUACCAAAGGGAUGGGCCGUGCUGGUGUGGUUGAGAUCAGUGCACACCGAUCCCAAUUACUACCAGGAUCCCCUCUCCUUCAAUCCUGACAGAUGGGAUGGACCGGCAAAGCCAGGAACAUACCAGGUGUUCGGAGGUGGCCCUCGGAUCUGCGCAGGCAACAUGCUCGCUAGGCUGCAGGUCACCAUCAUCCUGCAUCAUCUCUGCGUUGGCUAUGAAUGGGAGUUGAUCAAUCCCGAUGCACAGAUUAAUUACCUUCCGCACCCAAGGCCAGUGGAUGGCGCAGCCAUGACCUUUCGUAAGCUUAGCACCUGA